UAUCUAAAACCUGCAGGACACCAGCUCUCGAGGCCUGGAGUUCGACACCCCUGAGUUAGAGGAUCAUUGGGGGUCCAUUGUCCCUAUUGGGGGGACAGUGGACCUUAGAACUGAAUAAGCUUCUUGGAUGAGAGGUGAAACGUCUUGAAGCAAUUUAAAGAAUUCCAGAUGCUUUUCUUUCCAAGCUCCUUAGACUCCGGUGUAGACGCAGCUCUUAAUUUUUUGUCAGCUUCAAAGUGACCAACUGAAGAGACUACCAAUAAGAAAGAUGAAGAGAGAAGCUGAACAUGAAUGGUUGUGCCUGUCCAGGAUGUACCCUGCUUCUUGGCCUAAGAUGCCGGGGAUUGGCUUCAACUCCCCUGUGACCCUGAACUGAAUAAGCAGUUAAGAAAAUGGAUGUACAUUUUAUACUUUGUCAAAAAUCACUGUGACAUUUUAGCACUCAGGAACACAUUUCACUUUUGAUCUGAUACUUUAGUAAGUUGGGAAGUGUUUGCUACCUACAAUAUAUUAUAUAAGUCUGACAGACGAUUCAUACUGCAGUAUGAAUCGUUGGUGGAAGGUGUGCAACCUGAAGGCUGUAAUAUUAGUGUCUAUUUCUGUCCUACUUUUUUUCAAAUCUAAUUUCCUUGUGUGACUUUCAGUUACUAAAUGUGUGAAACCUAACAAAAACUGGCACUGCAUCUACUGCUCUCAGCCACAAACAGCAGCACUACUGUUUAAUGUUUCAGCAAUAUAGACGACUUAUUUGUGACAGUCAGCUUUAUCCACAGAGACACAUUUUUCUGUCUUUUUUUUCUGCCCCUCACGUCUCCCCCUAUUCCCUCCGUUUCUCCAUUCAUCGUGUAAUUGGAUGGAUUAUGACUAAUGCCAAAUCCUCCAGCUGUUUUCAGGUCAUCAAGCAGCUUUUACAUGGAUUAUAAAUAACUUAAUAUGUUUGUAUUGGAUGCCUGCAUGUUUGUGUGCAUUCAGUCAGAAUUGCACGUUCGUUUGCCUUUUGAUCUGUCAAAUUGGGUAAGACGCUGCCAGAUUUGGAUAUCUAUCCCAAAUCUGUUCUUUAUCGAAGCGAAGCGUCAAACCAGGUAUUUGAACAAAUCAGCUGCUUGUAAUGUUGGUAACAGGCACAUGCUCAUCUCAACACUCAAAGAGAACAUUAAAGUUGGCUUAAGUUGUUAGGAGAAAGUUUAUUGAUGUUGACAACCAUAAUCAGAGUUUAUUAAUUGAUCGGGGAAAUUCGCGUCUUAGACAACACAAUCCCCAAAAUGACCAAUUGAUGUGCAUCACAUUCUCUUUUUCACAUAUCUCAGAAGUUUUACAUCUGAGAUCUGGGUUUUGCCUUUUCUUUUUUUUGUUCUGUGGCUUUGUACCCACACAUCCUACACGCGCGCACACACACACACUGAACACAGUUCGCUGACAGCUUUGUGCUAACAAACCCUCCACACCACACACUCCUCAGAGAGCACGAUUACAGAGUGAGAAGAAGCUGCCCUCCCUAACAAAAGGAUGCAGACACGAGUGCAGAGCAAGAUGAAAGCUUCUCGGUUGGCAUGGCAACCACCCGAUCAUCUGCCGCACGGCGAGGUUGGAUGUUUGACGUGUCGAUGGUGCAUUCUGGGUUAGAGAGACGGAGGACGAGAGGGAGAGGCCGUGAGCCCUGUGCAGGGUGAUGAUGAGCAGUCAGGGCGGCAGCAGCAGGGGAAGUGGCCAGCAUGCUGCCACUCCGCCCCCUCGUCACACCCCUGGACCCAAGCUGCAGGUCCAGCGUUCCCACUCUCGUGACACCAUCACCAUACACUUCUCUGCUCUGGGGAAAGAGGAAGACGAUGAGGAAGAGGAGCUCUUUGGGAUACCCGCUGGAUCUGUUAAAGACAAGUCUGUCCUCGAUGGUACAGGGGGGCUUCAAGGUCCAGCUUCAGCAGCUGAUGACCGGUGCGUUGCUACAGGCUUGGAAGCAAAAGAGGAACUGCUGUUUGAAUCUGCUGGUGCAGACACCCCCUCGGGACCUGCUGUUCUCCCAGUUUUAUCUACCACCUUAUCUGUGCAGCCCUCAGACCCUCAGCCACACACACACUCUCCUGCUUUGACUAUUAAUCCCACAUCCACCCUCUCCUCCAAUCCUCCUGCCAGCUCCUCCUGGCCGUCUGAACGGCUCCCGGUCAAUCCCUCCCCCGCAAGCUCCAGCUCCUCUUCACCAUGCAAGUCUGCAGCACUGUCAUCCUCCAAGCCUUUUCUUAGUCUGGUUAGGUCUUUGUCCAAUGACGUUGAGUCUCGAGAAACUGUCCCUUCACUUUCCACCGUAGCACCAACCCACGCACGUCAUCGACACUUAAUGAAGUCUUUUGUUAAGUCUCUGUCCACGGACGCUUCCAAGGCUGACCAUUCGGAAGGGCCUCUUCAGCAUCAGCAAAUACAGCCAUCCCAUCGGCCUCCACCUCGCAACAUGCAACUCUUCAAACAGUUCUCCCAACCCCGUUUAUCCUCCAGUCCCGUCAUUGUCACUCAAGCAGGUGGAGACUCUAAAACAGCCCCCUCCUCCCCCAUCAUGUCUCCAGAUGGUAGGUCCUUCUUCAAAGUCCAAGAGGUGGAGGCCAAGAUAGAGGAUACCAAGCGGCGGCUAUCGGAAGUGAUGUCAGACCCUCUGCAGCUUUUUAGUAAGAUAAUGGGGGAUGAGUCUGGUACGGGGUCUGCUGGAAGUGCUGCUUAUCGUGCCAAAUCGCUGUCCUCCAGCGCGUCGGAGCUCAGCGGAGUAACAGCGGUAAAUGGACACGGAGAAGGUGGCAACAACUACAGCAUCAAAGAGGAGGAAGGGGCAGAAGGAGAAGACGAGGAAGAAACCCCCACAGCUAAGGGCCCAGAGUCAGGUUUUUUCUCUUUCCCAUCACUCGCGCCAGCCCUCACCCAGGCCUCAUCUUCUGCCCUCCACAAAUCUCCCUCUCUCACUCUGGGCCGCUGUUCGAUGUCAGCCCUGGUAGCUCGACAGGAAGACGAGGACUUCUGUGAGCUGUACAGCGAAGACUUUGAGUUAUGUACUGACACAGAGACACCAGACGGUGAUCGUUCUGGGUCCCGGCAACCCCAUACUGGUAGCACUGGUUUGUGUAGUGAGCUCGAUCCAGAGGACGAGAGAGCCGAAGAGGAGGCUGAGACCUUACCCGUGACUGGUCUCAUUAUUUUAACACAGUUGGUGUAUUGGUAUUUGGUGCUUCCUGUGCCACCCUGUGUGUGCUCAGUAGUGCACGGGAUAAUAGCGGGGUUCGCGUUGGCGUUGCUCGUGCUUUGGCUGUCAUCCCCUCAGCCCUCCUCAUCAGUGAGCAGAAAAAGGAGGCGAAGGAUAGAGCAAUGGAAUGUGGCCCAGCUGGAUAUUAAGGAACCAGGGAUAUUCAAGGGCUGGAUGAAUGAGAUCCACAGCUAUGACCCGGAGACGUACCACGCCACCCUGACCCACUCCGUUUACGUCCGUCUAGAGGGCUCAGUCCUGCGUCUGUCCAAGCCCAACCGGAACAUCUCCCGUCGUGCCACACACAAUGAGCCUAAACCUGACGUCACUUACAUCAGCCAGAAGAUCUACGACCUGACUGACAGCAAGAUAUACCUGAUGCCUCAGAGCCUGGCUAGGAAGAGAGUUUGGAACAAGAAAUACCCCAUUUGCAUUGAGCUGGCCAAGCAGGAUGACUUCAUGUCCAAGGCCCAGGGAGAGAGGCCUGAAGCUGGGGAAGAAAAAUCGACAGUUCAGAGUGAGAAGGUGGAGAAAACGGACAAGGGUGAGAAGGCAGAAGGAUCGGCGUCAGCAGAGGAACCCAAAAAACCAACCUUUGGAGGCGGGGAUUUGACUAUCUACCUUUUCGGGAGGACGGGUCGGGAAAAGGAAGAGUGGUUCCGUAGAUUUCUUCUAGCAUCCCGAAUGAAAUCAGAGGGAAGAGGUGGCAGUCUGCCUAGCAUCUGCAAGAAUGCCUUCUUACCCUCCCACAGUCGCAGUAGCAGCUUUCAAUCUGUCGGAGGCCUGGAGGCUGACAGCAGGAGCAGCAGCCGGGGAAGCCUGGAGGAGCUGUCUCAGUCUCAGUCUCGUCACAGAGAGACCACCGCCGCUCUCUCCUGUGGCUCUACUGCAGGCUUGAAGCAGAAGAUGCUGUUGGACUAUAAUGUCUACAUGGCCAAAUACGUGAGUCCCCAGGUGCCGCCUAGAAGCCCGACUGCCACUGACAGCGCUGGGAACAGCCCGGAUAGCAGCCCCCAGACUACCAAAAAGCUGCGUAGGAGUUCAGAGGAGACUGCGGAGCCUGAGGCCUGGGUAAAUGCAUUUCUGGGAAGGAUAUUCUGGGACUUCCUGGGAGAGAAAUAUUGGGCCAAUGUAGUCUCCAAAAAGAUCCAAAUGAAGCUCAGUAAGAUCAGGCUGCCAUAUGUUAUGAAUGAGCUGACUCUGACAGAGCUAGACAUGGGCUUCUCCAUUCCUAAGAUCCUCCGUGCCUCCAAACCUUCAGUGGACCACCAAGGUUUGUGGUUUGAUCUGGAGGUCUCCUACACGGGCUCUUUCCUCAUGACGCUGGAGACCAAGAUGAACUUGGCCCGUUUGGGAAAGGAGGGCGAGGGCCUUGGAGAACAUGGGAAAGAUUGGUCAAGGCCACGGACAUACUGUCUGGCAGACAGUGACGAGGAAUCGUCUAGUGCCGGUUCAUCGGACGAGGAGGAUCCUCCAGAACUCCUCAGUGACAAACCUGUUCUGCCUGGAGCAGAGGGUUAUGUGGGAGGCCACAGACCCAGCAAGAUCAUGCGCUUUGUGGACAAGAUAGCCAAGUCGAAGUACUUCCAGAAAGCCACAGAGACGGAGUUCAUCAAGAAGAAGAUGGAGGAAGUAUCCAACACGCCCUUGUUGCUCACCGUAGAGGUGCAAGAGUGCCGCGGGACUCUGGCUGUCAACAUCCCACCUCCCCCCACAGACAGGAUAUGGUAUGGUUUUCGGAGUCCGCCUCACCUGGAGCUCAAAGCACGGCCCAAACUCGGUGAAAGGGAGGUGACGCUGGUGCAUGUAACAGAGUGGAUUGAGAAGAAACUGGAUCAGGAGUUCCAGAAAAUAUUUGUGAUGCCAAACAUGGAUGAUGUGUGGCUACCCAUAAUGCACUCUGCCAUGGAUACGCGUUCAAAUGCCAACUUGUUUACUGUGACAAAUGAUGCCUUGAAGGAUCCAGAACCCGAAUCUGAUGUCUCUGACAUGUGAAGGCACGCUGCUCGAGGUGUUCAGUGACAAGCUUUUUAUCGCCAUGUCCCCGCCCCGUCUCAGAGAUCACAGCUCCAGCAGUGGGCUCGGUUGGCUCCCUGGUAUUUUUACCAGUACUCCAGUCCUGCUGUUGCACCGCUCCAUGAAGGCUGUGCUUCAAAACGAUCUGAAAUCUACUCAUAUCUGGCUACUAAAAGCAAACAGAAGAGAACAGUGACUCACAGACUGCCGAUCAUUCACACAGUUUUAGUGUGACAUCAAAUAUUAUGAUUCACUCUGAUGAAAUUACUUUUUUGGGGGACAUGGUUAAAGUGCGUGUGUAUGUGUGUGUGUGUGUGUGUGUGUGUGUGUGUCAUGGUGGAUUGACAAAUAGCCAUCCGAUCCAACCAGAGGAACCAUAAUACCUGUGAUGUACAGCUGCCCCAAACGUGAUAGUUGUACAGUGUAAACCUUUUAUGUGACGUUUCUAAUUGACUGGUUUAUUGUUACUAUAACUCUUUGAGAACUCCUGAGGCCACUAAACGAAGAUUGUGUAUAUCUGAGCGAGCAAACACCUGACAGAAUAUUCCUUUAAAUUCGCAGGCGAUUUCGCCGAAAACCCCAGCAUCUGUGAUUACAUGUUUCACAGGGAUGUCGAGACACAUUUAUCAACCACUCACACUGCUGCCUGUGCCGGCUGCCUGGCACCUAUAUGCAAACCAAUCAACGGCUCUGCGUCUAUAAGACACCGGGCCUGUUUAGAAUAAAGGACUGUCAUUAUGCUUUUUACCUGUGUCAUAGGACUUACAGAGGAGUCGUGUGAAUUGAAGUACAUCUGCAAACGCAGCAGCAAAACAUUGCCUAGGUCUAUUGAAUGUAUACAUAGGAAUGCAGCUCUUUAGCUGUGCAAUGGAAUAGCUCAUUCACUGAAAACGUGCUUCUAAGCAACAUGUUUCAAGCGCUCUUUUCGUGUUAUGUUCAGAGUCGACAAAAAGUAAUAAUUUUCUAUUUUUUAUUGCCAAAGCAAUCUUUCAGUGUGGUUUAAAGAAAGAAAGCAGAGGGUUGUGUAUGAGGUAAACAGAAAUUCAGAAGACGGAGAAAAAUAAUCUGCAGGGAGUGAUUUUAAUGAGCAGGAGACUGAAACACUUUUAGUUUAAAUGGAAACAUAUAAACUCAGAAAUGUGUAGUUUAAAGAGCUGGGACAUCCACUCUUGCUGUUUUAUUUUAAAUCAAUAACAUACUGGAUAUUAGCCAUAUUAUUUAAUGCUCUCAGCAGACAUCCAGCUAAUGAAUGCUCCGUUUCUGUUGAAUUAUUUAUUGAUUUCCUUUUUUUAAAUGCUGUCUACUGUUGUACACAUUAAAGAAAAACAUGACAUACACUAGAACUACAGGAUCUUUGUAAUCUGCCAAGACGCCCUGCUUUACAGGUGACUUUUACUUUAUAUGUCCAGACAUGUGUGUUGGCAAGUGUAUGAGGCAGAAAGUGCCUUUAAAGUAAAUUAAACAUUCCUCCAUAGUGAGCCGCCGUGUUUCUUGCAUCAGUUGAGAAUAGGAAAAGAGGAAAAAAAGUCUUUGUGCCAUUACUGUGUCUGUUAAGACAUGCCCAUUUUGGUUUUUCACGUCUCGGUGUUGUUUAUUUGCACAAGUGAUGACAAUAUCAAACAUUGCUGUUGUGUUCAGUGAUGUUGCAGAAUGUUACGUUUCUGAUCAUUGUGGAUCAAUAAAAUCUUUUUGCUCGGAAAGAA